UCGCUGGACGCUGCAUCGCGUUCUGGGCUGUUAGUUGGUCGUGGCAGCGCGUCCGAACUGGAUCUAUCCGCCGGCAGUCAACAGUGGGAGGUUUCACGUUUUCGCUUUCUAUAACCGUGUAGUAGCCACUCAUAAAACUCCUAAACGAACGGGAUGUGGUUCCGGCGAUGCAGAAGAACCUAGGUGCAGUUGUUUAAGAGCAUAAGCGAGUGAAUUCGAUCGAGUGGACUCGAGUGGAGACCGGUAACAGUGACACAGUGGCAAGUGUCUGACGUUUUGUGCGAGAAUCGUGGAGUUGCCGUAGCCGCUGAAAUGGGUCGCAAAAAGCAGAAAACCGCAGAAUCCAUCGACGGUGAGGCGCUGAAGGAGCUGAACGGUGGAGCCGAAAACGGCAUCGGUGGUGGCGGCGGCGGUGGUGGCGGUGGCGUCGGCGCUGGUGACGAGGAGGAAACGCCCGUCCUGGCGAUGACCACCAUCGGUCAGCUCAAGGCCAAAAGCCGGCCCGGUUUGCUGCCCCGCAAUGGUGGCCACCCGGGCGGCGAGCUGGACGAUGGUGAGCAGCGGGAAACGUGGAGCGGCAAGGUCGACUUCCUGCUCUCGGUCAUCGGGUUUGCCGUCGAUCUGGCCAACGUGUGGCGGUUCCCGUACCUCUGCUACAAGAACGGUGGCGGUGCAUUCCUGGUGCCGUACGGGAUCAUGCUGCUGGUCGGUGGCAUACCGCUGUUCUACAUGGAGCUUGCCCUGGGCCAGUUCAACCGGAAGGGUGCCAUCACCUGCUGGGGCCGGCUGGUGCCACUGUUCAAGGGUAUCGGUUACGCGGUCGUACUGAUAGCGUUCUACGUCGACUUCUACUACAACGUCAUCAUCGCCUGGUCGUUGCGGUUCUUCUUCGCCUCCUUCACCGACAGUCUACCCUGGACUCACUGCUCCAACGCGUGGAACACGGCGGAAUGUAAACCGUUUGGAUUCAGCAAUAGUUCCGUUGCGGCGACCACAAAUCGUACCGCGACUCUGCUGACCAACGCCACUGUCGCUACGACCACCGUUAGCGUCAACGAUACGCGAUUUGCAUCGGCCGCCUCGGAGUACUUCAAUCGUUACAUCCUGGAGCUGGACAAGAGCGAGGGAAUCCAUGACCUCGGGGCCAUCAAAUGGGAUAUGGCGUUGUGCCUGCUAGCGGUGUACCUUAUCUGUUACUUUUCGCUGUGGAAGGGCAUCAGCACUUCGGGGAAGGUGGUCUGGUUUACGGCCCUCUUUCCGUAUGCCGUGCUGCUCAUCCUGCUAGUCCGUGGUAUCACGCUGCCUGGUUCGGCCGAGGGCAUCCUCUACUACUUGCGGCCAAACUUUGACGUCAUUUACAAUGCGGAAGUGUGGGUCGAUGCGGCCACGCAGGUAUUCUUCUCGCUUGGACCGGGCUUCGGUGUGCUGCUGGCGUACGCAUCGUACAACAAGUACCACAACAACGUCUACAAGGAUGCUCUGUUGACCAGUUUGAUCAAUUCGGCCACCAGCUUCGUGGCCGGAUUUGUCAUUUUCUCCGUGCUCGGUUACAUGGCUCAUGCCAGUGGUCAGAGCAUUAAGGAUGUCGCCACCGAGGGACCGGGGUUAGUGUUUGUCGUGUAUCCGGCCGCCAUUGCCACGAUGCCGGGCAGCAUCUUCUGGGCGUUGAUAUUUUUCAUGAUGCUGCUCACGCUUGGUCUGGAUAGCUCGUUCGGCGGUUCAGAAGCCAUCAUUACCGCACUGAGUGACGAGUUCCCGAAGAUCGGUCGCAACCGUGAGGUGUUUGUGGCGAUUCUGUUCUCGUUGUAUUUUGUCGUCGGACUUGCAAGCUGUACGCAGGGUGGAUUCUACUUCUUCCAGCUUCUUGAUCGCUAUGCCGCAGGCUACUCCAUCCUGAUCGCGGUGUUUUUCGAAGCGAUCGCCGUUUCCUGGAUCUAUGGUAACCAUUUGAUGGCAACUACGCUCAUCCGGUGUUGCAGACAUUCAGGCAUUCCUCUCCACUCGACAGGCACGGAGCGGUUCUGCAAUGACAUCAAAGACAUGAUAGGCUUUGCGCCCGGCAUCUACUGGCGCGUCUGCUGGAAGUUUGUAGCCCCUCUUUUCCUGCUGUUCAUCAUCAUCUACGGACUGAUCGGGCACGAGCCGCUCAGCUACGAGGACUACAUUUAUCCGGGAUGGGCGAACGUCCUCGGUUGGUGUAUAGCGGGUUCAUCGAUGAUCAUGAUACCGUUGAUGGCUUUCUAUAAGCUCGCAGUUACGCCUGGCAGCUUCCGUCAGCGCAUGAAGAUUCUAACUACCCCCUGGAGGGACCAGCAGCUGGCAGUGAACGGGAUGGCAACCGAGCCGGCCCAGGUCCGUUUGACGCACUCCGAUGAGGGCGAGGAAGUUUGAGUGAGUUCGCGAUUCCGCACACCUCGCUUUGAAGUUUAUUUUGUGUGACUUCGGUCAUUUACCUUACUCCUUAUCCCAUUCAAUCCCUCCAUCAUUUCCUUCUAAAACGUGUGGGCUACUAUCCCUUUCCCUGCGUUGUUGUAUUUGUAGUACGAUGACAAGCACUGUCGCUUGUAAGGACCGUUACGCCGAUAGAUUUCCUGUAUCACUUUGAUAGUAUAAGCACAACUCACGAGUGAACAUACACACUUAAUGCUGUAUAGGAUAAUAUGAGGGUAGAUAAGGAAUCGUUAAACUGAAGCUGGGCAAAGGCUUUAGUCGAAGGGAGGGUGACGCUGAUACGAUGCGAGUAUCACAAGCUGUACCAAGUUUGUACAUACGAUACCACUGUGAACACAUGAUGAAAUGCGGGACAAUUUCGACACAUCAACGAUCGAGCAGUUCGGCUUGACGAUUGGUGGCGCGCUGCUGCGGAGCGAGAGGAGUAGCUUCAUACCUUCUCUACUAUAUCAAGGCAGGUCGCCAACAUGUUGAUGUUCUAGAUGCAACUAGUGCUUACUUAAAUAAGCUUGCUACUUAGUUUUACUCUCAGUUUAGAUCGAACUCAUCACUUGUUUUCAAACCUUCACCACCCCUUUGUUGACUUUGUAUUACUGCAAAGUGUGAUUUCUUAUGCAAUAGAUUAUCCUUCUUAUGUCAUUUACAAAAAAGGCAUGCUAGUUUUAAAAGUAAAAUUGUUGACCUACUCCUUUCAGACAGUCAAAGUUUUUUGCUUGCGAAUUAAGAUUUGAAGAAUUGAGAAUAUCUAUAACCAAUGUAUGAAUGCAAAAUGCUAUAGAGAUUUCAGUGCAUAAGGAAAAAGGUGUUUGAUAAGUAUAUAGAUAUGCCGAUAUGUAUAUGAAUCAUGUUACACAAAUGAUAGAAAAAUCAAAAGUUGAAUCAAUCGCUGAUCCAUCCAUUUAAAACGCGCUAAUAGCAAAGCAGAUUAAAGGGAGUAAAUGAAGCAAAAAUCAUCUAUCAUCUAAACUCGGCGAAUCUUAAACAGGAUGUUAAGGAAAAAAGAAAAAAGGACGAUAAAGGAUAAUCGCAUCCCCUCCCCCACCCUUUAAGCACUCGCCCGAGAUGAGCUUUCACACAGCCAUAAAGCUCACCUCGAGUGAGCGCUGCACUCACUAAGAGGAAAAUGAAACGAAAGCUCCACAAAUUUUAAAAAUUCAAAAUUAAACGAAUCGUUUAACGGAGAUUCGGCGAAACGGUUUUGCCGGGGCGCGAGGAGCUGCUUUUAUGCUGGAUAGCUUUUACCGAAUAAGAUUAAUCACGUAUACUGAAUAACACGAUACCCUUGGCCCAGUGGAAAGGCAUAGCGGCAAGACAAAUAUUUCUAACAAAAGCAUGUAGACAUUAUAGGACGAAAAAAAAACAGAAAACAAAAGUUGAAACACCAAUAACUGCGGAGCAACCCAAUCGAGCCGAUCGAAGCGGAGUGCCGGUAUGUUCGUUGCAGCUUGCAUUUCCCUCCAUACAGCCAUUGGAAAGCACUGUGCAUGGUAGCGCGAACUACACCUGGGCUGCAUCUCAGCCACAGCUCAGCAACUCGGCGAUUCGAGGCGGCUCGAUUCGGUUCACUCGCUCCAACAAUGUGUUCCCCAUUUUUAUGCUGCAUGUGUUAGGCGUGGAAUGUGUCCCCCCGUCUGGCUGCGAUAGGACAGUGUGUAAAUCAGUCACAACGAAGUACCCGUGUACCCGUGUAACAUUUGUUAGUUAAACCUUCCGGCAGGCAAAGGUGACGUUAAGGUAUCAAGUGAGUGAGAUGAGACGAGGAUGAGUGGGGCAAUAGAGGAGUUAAUGUGUGUUGAUUUGAGCGCCGAUCGUUCCUGAUCGUUCGACGCGCGUUGUUGUGUUGGGUUGAAUUGAUGGAUAAUAAAUAGACGCAUUUUCAUUUGACAGUUGAACCACUUCCGCCAUCAUUACCGACGCUGCGUUUGUCUCCUUUUUCCGUUUUGUGUAUGAGUGUGGCAGCAUAAAUGACGAUAAAACAACACACGCUACAAGGUUGUAUAAGAAUGCUAUAUAUAUUUCGAAUAGAUUCGUACCGUUUAGAACGUUUCCAUCAGGUUUAUUGUGUAUAUUUCAGCAUAAAAGUAUCAUUUUACCCAAAAAUUCCAUCCGUUAGCCCAGCUUUCAGUUUCCUUCAAAUAAUAUCUCGAUCGCUUCGCAGUAGGCUUGGCUCUUGCUGUACGUUGCUCGUUGCCCGCUACCUACUGCUAGAUGCAUCCUGUUUCCAGCCUCAAACUUAACGCCUCAACCAGCUCCCACCGUAACGAGUAUGUUUCCUCUGCCCUGCAUCGGUACACAGCUAUCAAAAUUUCAGUUUUAAGAGGGAGGGAGGGGAGUCCUUUUUUUGGGGGACAUUUUCCCUUCUUUGGUAAUUCUACUAAUACUAUUACAUCUACGUCUCAUCUACGCCACAUGUGCCACGUUGGCAUGCUUGUAGGUUGGUUGGAAGCAGCGACAUUCAAAGGACAACAAUGGCUGCCAAACAGGGAUGGUGAGCGUAUUUUUAGAGAUUUCUAGGGGGACAUCUUACACUACUAUACCCUAUUCUUAUUUUGGACACACAAAAACCAAACAACACGACGCGAUUGUUCGGAAUUACAAACAACAUUGUUUCCAUUGAAAAAUCUACGAUCCAAAA